GAAUAAAAACAUCAAUUACGUCAAUAUUAUUGCAACAAAAGAAUUUAGACUUGUUAAUUGUAAUGAGCGAAUGUAAAAAAAGAAGAAAUACGUAACAGCUGACAGCUGUCAUAAGUGUUUUUUUAUUUGCUGUUAAAAAUAAAAAUAAAGUAAUCUGAGUACUAAUUAAAACGUUUUUUUUUUUUUUUUAUCUAUUGCUGUGAAAUUAUCAUACAUAUUUUGAAUGAUCUUCGAUGUCUUUUAACCCUGAUAAUAAUAAUAACAACAAUAAUUCGUUAAAAUAAAACAUUCCCCGGCAACAGUAUGGACUGAAGUAAUCAAUCAUAAGUUUUUGCUUGUCAUUUAAAGUUUACAUAAAAAAUUUAACAAUAAAUAUUUAAGUUGCGGAUAAUAAUAAAUAAUUUUGAUGGUUGCAAAUAUUAUAAAAAUUAUUAAAUUUAAUUUUAAUAAUUUUUCUUCAAGUAAAUUUGAGUUUAGGCGACUGCCUUUUAUUAAAUAGAUGUUAUGAGUUUUGGAAGAUGUUAUAUUUUUCAGUCAAUACGUUGCUUAUCAGAGAUUACUAAGAUUUAUAAUAAUAAUAAUAACAAUUAUCGGAGAUUUUUACACGCGCAGUUGUCUGUUAAUGAUUUGCAAUUACAAAGGUCAAGGUACAAUAAAUAUACUGUAAGAAUGGCAUCAACAUCUCACGGUGACACGAAAGUCAAAAAAAAUAAAUUGGCGUUUGAAAAAUCGCCCUAUUUAUUGCAACAUGCUGGUAAUCCAGUCAACUGGUACCCAUGGAGUGAUGAAGCACUGGAGAAAGCUAAAAGAGAAGACAAAUUGAUAUUUUUGUCUGUUGGUUACUCGACUUGUCAUUGGUGUCAUGUUAUGGAGAAGGAAUCAUUUGAAAACGAUGAAAUCGCUCAAGUUAUGAACAGAUAUUUUGUAAAUAUCAAAGUCGAUCGCGAAGAGCGACCUGAUAUUGAUAAAAUAUACAUGACAUUUGUCCAGUCGAUUUCAGGACAUGGAGGCUGGCCAAUGAGUGUAUUUUUAACACCAACUUUGGUUCCUAUUAUGGGCGGUACUUAUUUUCCUCCAGUUGAUAAAUUUGGGCAACCUGGUUUUAAAAAAAUUUUACUCAGCAUUGCACACAAGUGGCUGGAAAGUAAAAGUGAUUUAUUAAAGUCAGGAGAUAAAAUUCUUGAAUUAUUAAAAACAUCAACUGAAAAUAAACAUCAAUCAAUCGCCGCUGGGAAAAAUCCACCACCCAAAGAUUGUGUUAAAUUAUGCGUCCAACAAUUGAUAAGAUCUUACGAUCGCGAGUUCGGUGGAUUUUCAGAUGCUCCGAAAUUUCCUCAGCCGGUUAAUUUAAAUUUACUGUUUCAUAUGUACGCAAGCGACUCUAAAAAUGAGAUAAAUCAAGAAUGCUUGAGUAUGUGCUUACAUACUUUGACUAAAAUGGCUAACGGCGGGAUUCAUGAUCAUGUCGGUCAGGGCUUUGCAAGAUAUUCAGUUGAUGGUAAAUGGCACGUGCCGCAUUUUGAAAAAAUGCUUUACGAUCAAGCGCAAUUACUACGUUCGUACUCGAACGCUUAUAUUGUCACUAAAGAUAAAUUUUUUUCUGAUAUUGUUGAUGAUAUUGUAACUUAUGUCACACGAGACCUACGACACAAGGACGGGGGAUAUUAUAGUGCUGAAGAUGCUGAUUCUCUACCAUCUGCAGACGCAACUGAUAAACGAGAAGGCGCUUUUUACGUAUGGACUAUGGAAGAAAUUGAAAGACACCUGGAUAAAAAACUACCUGGUCGUGAUAUUAAAUUAAGUGAUAUUUUUUCGUACCAUUUUAAUGUAAAAAAUGAUGGUAAUGUUUCUAAAAGACAAGAUCCACAUGGUGAACUGACGAACCAGAAUGUCCUGAUUGUUUUUGGAAGCAUAAGAGAUACUGCUGAUAAAUUUGACUGCAGUGUUGAAGAUGCUGAGAAGUAUUUAUCAGAAGCCAAGCAAAUACUUUUCCAAGCCCGAUCACAAAGACCCAGGCCACACUUGGAUGAUAAAAUAAUAACAGCGUGGAAUGGUCUCAUGAUAAGUGGACUGGCGUGCGCUGGUGUUGCAACUAAAAAUAAACAGUACAUACAAUACGCUGAAGAUAAUGCUAAUUUUAUAGAACGUUAUUUGUAUGAUGGAAAUAAAAAAAUUUUAUUACGAAGUUGUUAUCGCGGUGAUGGAGACAUAAUAAUGCAGCCGCAAACUCCAAUACAUGGUUUCCAUGCAGAUUAUGCGUUUGUAGUUCAAGGACUUCUGGAUUUAUACGAGGCCAGUUUAAAUACACACUGGCUUGAGUUAGCUGAGGAAUUGCAGGAUGUUCAGAAUAUAUUAUUUUGGGAUGACAAAGAUGGUGGCUACUUUAAUACGACAAAUACUGAUAAAAAUAUAAUACUUAGAUUAAAAGACGAUCAUGAUGGCGCUGAACCUUCAAGUAACUCAGUAGCAUGCAGCAAUUUAUUGCGUUUAGCCUCUUGUUUAAACCGCACGGAUUACAACAGCAAAGUUGUUGAGCUGCUUUGUUUCUUUAGUGAAACCCUCAUGAGAAUGCCUAUUGCUAUUCCUGAGUUAAGCUGUGCUUUAUUACAUUACUGGGAUGCUACGACUCAAAUAUAUAUUGCUGGUAAAAAAGAUGCUAAAGACACUGAAGAAUUGCUGGACAUUAUAAGAGACCGUAUGAUACCCGCGAAAUUAGUUAUUUUAACAGAUCCAGAAGAUACUGACUCGGUAUUAAUUCGUCGCAAUGAAGUUGUGAAAAAAAUGAAAAUGCAAAACGGCAGAGCUACUGCUUAUGUUUGUAGACAUCGGACUUGCUCUCUACCGGUCGUUGAAUCUCGGCAGCUCGCAGAACUUAUUGAUGAAAAUAAUUAAGCUAAUUGGUAAUUUAAAGUUGUACGAGUGCUAUGACAAUAUAGUUUAAUACAUAAAUUUAUAAUUAUUAAUUUUAAGGUAGCUAUGUACUUUUAAAUAAUCAAC